CAGGGUUCAGAGGUCUUUUUGUGGGGAGCUGCAAAAGGAAUUGUUGCAGACCGUAGUCAUUUGUCAUCAUGUCAAAAAGAUCUUGAUUUUCCUUUCUUAAUUCCAUUGCCCAAGAUGGAGCGAGAGCAGAACUAUGAAGGAUCCCGAUCUAGUAUGAGCAUUACGAGAUUUUCUACUUCGAGAAAAAUAAUUUUCAAUAGAGAGGAAGAGACGGAUACAAUUGUUUAACAAAGAUUAAUGUCUCAGGAAAUUGCCUAGGAAAGGGAAUAUUGGAAGCUUUAUACUAUUGAGAGAUUCCUCUGACUGGCAAAUUAUAUAAUAAUGCAGCAAUGGGCCACAUGACUUUCUCAGAAUCCACGAAUAUGCAAUGAAUUAAAUGGCCCCAAGCAGAGAUUUGCACAGUGAUAAAAUCUACUUUGCCAUAUCCAACACUUUAUGAGAAUUGUAUAUUGCUGUCUUAUGACACAGGGAAUCCAAGCUACGUGAGGUGAACAUGAGCUGUUCCAGCAAUACUGCACUACUCGGUGCAGCAGCUUUGGCAGGACACGGCACGAGCUGCUGAGCGCAACCACUAUCUUUCCUUGAUUCUCCUGAUUCCUGAAGUGCUUCUCGAGCAUUGAUGGAAUCUGUCAAAAAGCGCCGGGUUCCUUCAUUGAGUAAAUUCUCGUGGACGUUCACCAAAGUUCUUCACCUUCGUGCCGUCAAUGGCAUUGCACCCGUUGACAGAACCCCAAAGAUUAAGUCAUCCCAAGAACGUGUCGAAAGUGAUCAGUUCAAGGAUGAAAGAAGCACCUCCAUUAAGGAGGAGGAGGAGGAGGAGGAGAAGGCGGAGGCGAACUUACAAAUUAGCAUAGCCGUCUUGCAGUUGGAAGCUCUUACUGCUAAUUUAUUCGCGGGCAUAUCUUGUGUCAAAGCAGCCUAUGCACAACUACAGUUCUCUCAGUCUCCUUACGAUUCUGAUGGGAUUCAAAAGUCCGACCGGCUCAUCGUAUCGGAAUUGAAGAAACUAUCCGAGUUGAAGCAAGGCUACUUAAAUAAGGAGUUUGAUACUUCACCUGAAAGUUCUAUUAUGGGAGCAGAGAUUCAAGAGCAGAGGAGCCUUCUGAGGAUCUAUGAGAUCACGAGGAAAAAAAUGGAGCAUCAGUUGAAUCUCAGACUAUCUGAACUUACCCUUUUGAGGGAGAAGUUGGAAGAAUUAAACAAGCAAAACAGGUUGCUCGUGAAGAGGCUGAAUCAGACCCAAAGUGGGCCCUUAAACAAUCCCAAGAGUCUUCAACCCUUUGAUCUAUUUACUACCCAGCAUUUUGUCAUGGUUCUUGGCAGUGCUGUGAAAUCGAUAAGAAACUUUGUGAGGUCGAUGAUAGUUGAGAUGAAGUCUGCUGACUGGGACAUCGAAGCGGCGGCCUCUUCGAUAGAGCCUGAUGUGCUCUACUCCAAAGCAGAUCACAAAUGCUUUGUGUUCGAAUCCUAUGUUUCACGGGAAAUGUUCGAUGCUUUUCAAUUCCCAGACUUUUCCCUACACAACAUGUCUUUGCCUGAUAAGAGACUAUUGAAGGAGUUUCUUCUCGACAAGUUCCACGAGCUCAGGUCUACAGACCCAAAUAAUUUCCUCCAAAGGGAACCAAAAUCAGAAUUUGCGAAAUUUUGUCGGGCAAAGUAUCUGAGACUCGUCCACCCGAGAAUGGAAUCAGCCUUUUUUGGUGAUUUAUCGCAAAGGAAGACUGUCAAUUCAGGCAAAUUCCCGGAUGGUGAAUUCUUUGCUUUGUUUGCGGAGAUGGCGAAGUGGGUUUGGCUUCUGCAUUGCCUCUCGCUCUCGUACGAGCCUUGUGUGUCGAUCUUCCAAGUGAUCAGAGGAAGCAGAUUCUCGGAGGUUUACAUGGAAAAUGUGGUCGAGGAGAGGUCAUUUCCAGCGCCAGACUCACUGGAGAAUGAUGCCCUAAGUGUGGCCUUUACCGUUGUUCCGGGAUUCAAGAUUUGGGAGAUUAUCGUGCAGUGCCAGGUUUAUCUACUACAUCCAAAUUUCAACCAAGGAUCGAAGUAAUCUGCGGCACCGAGAACCCAGAGCCGGCGGAGCUGAGAAGGGCAGUCGUCCUGUAUUAACGUUCUGGGUUUUGUAACAUAAUAUGUACAUAAAGAUUAUAUGGUGAUGUGAUCUUUUUAUUCAUCAGCUAUAUGUGAUGUUUCUUCAUCUUUGGAAUUUCGGUAUGACUUUUCACUAGUCCAUAGAUCACAUCCAUCGAUUUUCGUUGUUAAGAGAUUAGUCAGUGGCAGAGGCCUUUCAUCCUGUAAAACUCUGACAGUCAUAACAAAACAGCUUUUGCGUCCUAGUCCUAGUCCUACUACAAUCGAAUAAGCGUACAUGUGAGAAGAUUGUUUGGCUCCCAAUCGAACUGAGUCCAUCCUCCCUGGGAAGAAGCUCAAGCUAGGAAGUCAUGUGGAGCAGGGGACGCUGCACGCCAAGGCAACUCCAGCGCAUCUAAAGUCACAAUGAAGCCAUAUAUCUACCUCGAGUAGCCUUAGCUCCGAAUCCUCUGUUUUCUGGUGUCUCGAUGAUUAUGUUAGAGGAAUUCUAAUUCCAGGUUUUGGCUCAUAGUUUUGCUAAUUCUUAGAAUGGGCUUUUUAUGCAUUGCAUUCAACUCAAUCAAAGCUAAGGCCUAGAUUGUCUGACAGCCUCUUCUUUUGGAAGGGGGAAAGACAAUCCCUUUUCUC